GAGUUCAUCAUUUUGUUUUAUAUCCUUAAAUCAAGCAGCCCCCACAUCUCUUUCUCUCUCUUUCUACACACCUUCAUCACCACCGCCAUGCUUGGUCCUUAUUAAAACAACCCAUUUGCCAUUGCCACCCCAAGAACUCUCAUUCUUGCCAUGGGCGUGGACAUGUCGAAUAAUCCACCCUCUUCUCGUACCAAAGACUUCUUUGCCUCUCCAGCUCUCUCUCUCAGCCUUGCCGGGAUUUUUCGCGAUGCCGGCGCAGCAGCCACACCGAACAUGGAGGUGGAAGAAGGGGAUGAAGGAAGCGGAGGAGGUGGCCGGAGAGAUGACAUGGUGGAGAUUAGUAGUGAAAACUCGGAGCCUCUGAGGUCAAGGUCCGACGAUGAAUUUGACGGUGAAGGAGAGCCUGAAGAUGAUGGUGCUGAUGGAGACAAGAACAAAAAGAAGAAGAGAAAGAAGUAUCAUAGGCACACUGCUGAGCAAAUUAGAGAAAUGGAAGCGCUAUUUAAAGAGUCACCCCACCCAGAUGAGAAGCAAAGGCAACAACUAAGCAAGCAAUUAGGCCUAGCUCCUAGGCAAGUCAAGUUCUGGUUUCAAAAUCGUCGAACCCAAAUUAAGGCUAUACAAGAGCGCCAUGAGAAUUCUUUGUUGAAGACAGAAAUGGAGAAACUCCGAGACGAAAACAAAGCCAUGAGGGAGCAAAUAAAUAAAGCUUGCUGUCCCAAUUGUGGCACUGCCACCACUAGCCGAGAAGCUGCUUUGACUACGGAGGAACAACAGCUCAGAAUUGAAAAUGCCAGACUCAAAGCUGAGGUAGAAAAACUUCGAUCAGCUCUAGGGAAAUACCCUCCAGGGACAUCCUCACCUUCAUGUUCAACUGGCAAUGACCAAGAGAAUAGAAGCUCUUUGGAUUUUUACACUGGGAUUUUCGGGAUUGAGAAGACGAGGAUAAUGGAGAUAGUAAAUCAAGCAAUGGAGGAGCUCACAAAGAUGGCUACUGCAGGAGAACCAUUAUGGAUUCGAAGCGUUGAGACUGGUCGGGAAAUACUUAAUUAUGAUGAGUACAUGAAAGAAUUCUCUAUCGAAAACUCAAACAAUGCGCGGCCAAAGAGAUCCAUUGAGGCAUCAAGAGAGACUGGAGUUGUUUUUGUGGAUCUCCCACGUCUUGUUCAGAGUUUCAUGGAUGUGAAUCAAUGGAAGGAAAUGUUUCCAUGCUUGAUCUCAAAGGCAGCCACUGUUGAUGUUAUCUCCCAUGGAGAAGGUCCUAAUAAAAAUGGCGCUGUACAACUUAUGUUUGCAGAACUGCAAAUGCUCACACCAAUGGUACCCACUAGAGAAGUGUACUUCGUCAGAUUUUGCAAGCAAUUGAGUGCUGAACAAUGGGCCAUUGUGGAUGUUUCUAUAGAAAAAGUUGAGGAUAAUAUUGAUGCAUCCCUUGUGAAAUGCAGAAAACGCCCAUCUGGUUGCAUCAUAGAGGAUAAAUCAAAUGGCCACUGCAAGGUGAUUUGGGUAGAGCACUUGGAAUGCCAGAAAAGUCCAGUUCAUACCAUGUACCGCACUAUUGUUAACAGUGGUCUAGCCUUUGGUGCAAGGCAUUGGAUGGCUACACUGCAACUCCAAUGUGAACGGCUUGUUUUCUUCAUGGCAACCAAUGUUCCCAUGAAGGAUUCAACUGGUGUUGCCACACUGGCCGGGAGGAAAAGCAUAUUGAAGUUGGCACAAAGGAUGACAUGGAAUUUUUGCAGAGCAAUUGGAGCAUCAAGCUAUCAUACAUGGACCAAGGUGUCGAGUAAGACAGGGGAAGACAUCAGGAUAACUUCUAGGAAGAACUUGAAUGACCCUGGAGAACCUCUUGGGGUGAUCUUGUGUGCAGUUUCUUCUGUAUGGUUGCCUGUCUCUCCUCAUGUCCUAUUUGAUUUCUUAAGAGACGAAGCUCACCGGAGUGAGUGGGAUAUAAUGUCAAGUGGAGGUCCAGCACAAUCCAUUGCAAACUUAGCUAAAGGGCAAGAUCGUGGCAAUUCAGUGGCCAUUCAGACGAUGAAAUCAAAAGAGAACAGCAUGUGGGUACUUCAAGAUGGCUGCACCAAUGCAUACGAGUCUAUGGUGGUCUAUGCUCCAGUGGACAUUACUGGCAUGCAGUCUGUGAUGACAGGAUGCGACUCUAGCAACAUGGCCAUCUUACCUUCAGGAUUUUCGAUUCUUCCAGAUGGGGUCGAGUCAAGGCCUUUAGUGAUUACAUCUAGGCAAGAGGAGAAGAGCACAGAAGGAGGGUCUUUGCUUACAAUAGCAAUCCAGAUCCUAACUAAUACCUCUCCCACAGCAAAGCUUUCCGUGGAGUCUGUGGAGUCUGUUAACACUUUAAUAUCAUGUACCCUAAGAAACAUUAAGACAAGCUUGCAGUGUGAGGAUGGUUGAUCACUACACCUUUAUGAAUUAGAUAGGCAUUAAUUAAUUGUAAAAGUCAUAGGUUUUUCUUUUCUUUUUUCUCCCUCCAAUAUUAGUUUAGCAACUCAGCCUUUUGAAGUGAGUUUGUUUCCAUCUGUUCUUUGGUUAGAAUGGACGGCCUGGAACAAAGACAUAUCUGUGUUUGGCAUUCUUUAGAUUUAAGUGAAAAAGAGAGUAAGGGGUAGAGGUGUGGUUUAGAAUCUUUAGAAAUCUAAGAAAGGGAGAUUUCUUAUGUACAGAAUUGUUGAUUUUAUCGAUGCCAUAUUGUGAUUGUUA